UCUCUCUCUCCCUUCCCCCACGCUUGGUACUUCUCUUUCUCUCCUUAUUCCACUCUCUUUUUCUCUGUUCUUUCCCCGGCAUGUAGUGACCUUCUUUCCCUGCUCUCCUCUUUCACUUUGUCCUUCUAUCUAUUCAUCCGCUCUCCUUCCCCAUCUCUCCCUCUGUGAAUGUGCAGAUGUGUCGGAGGACAGAAGCCUGGGGGUUUAGACAGGACCGAGCCCUGGUGAACCGGGGACACGGCACAGUGAGGCAGCGGAGGAGAGGAGAGAGGGAAGAGGAGGAGAGAGAGAGGGAAGAGGAGGAGGAGAGAGAGCUACUUGUAGGCACCUGGUAAGUGAACUUAUUACCGGACAGGAAAUCUUAUUUUACCACGAAGCGUGUGUGUAUGAGAGAGAGAUAGUAUGUAUGUAUGUAUGUAUGUAUGCAUGUAUAAUUUUAGUUUGUAUAUAGCACAAUUUGUGAGGGGGGGUUCUUCUUUUUUUCAUCAAAUGUCAAAUAGAUUCAGUGGUGCUGUGACAUUGGGAGUUUCAAUCUGUUGUAGCGGAUUAUGGCGCUGUGAAAUCUUACAUGGAUCUCUAUGCAAUGUCAAUAAUCCAGGGGAUAAUCUGCUGUUUCUGUUGGGGCUGUCGUUUGAGUUGUUAUUGGUCUAUAACCUAAGGAACUGUAAACAUUUCUCCCUGGACUUCAUACUAGCUAGCUCCAUCUAAAGAUUAUUUUUCCAGUAACAUUGAGUUCAUGUAGCAGAUUCUUUUGGGGAGAAACACACAAGAUUUAAAUAGGGCAGUCUGCUAUCAUGCAAUCUCUCUCAGUCACCACAAGGACAUUUCAAUUGAAAAAAAAGGACGGAAUGAGACAGCUUGUAGAGGAGUGGCCUGGACUUUGCAUGUUUCCCUAAGCACUGUUAGAACACUGUGUGUGUGUGUGUUAUCUUUGGUUACCUAUCAGCACCAAGACACCACCAGGCCAGGUGUCUUCACUACACUGACCAGAAAAGGGAAAGGCUAAGGUGUACUUAGCCUCAGCCCGUGCAUGAUAACACUAAUAAACCUUUGAACUCAAGUGGAGUGGUUGAAUGUCAUGUCUUGUAGUGCUGAAGUUUGUCGAAGCUAAACUGUUACGAGUUUCCACUCUGAAAUCUAAAGGCGGAUGUCAAGCUCGUUCUCCGAUUUUCUCUCUGACCUUCUUUCUCAUUCCCCUUGGGUAUCUUAUCUCUGCAGUGUUUAAUAGAAACAAUGGCGUCUGUAUUGGGAAACACAGAGGAUAACUCUGAAGAGCUCGCAGGGAAGAGAAAGUCACAGAAGAGUCUCAAGUCUCGUCUGUUUGGGAAAAAGAGAAAGGAAGGAGAAGGAGAGAGGAAGCUGAGCCAGUCAGUCAGUAACAUGGAGGGAGACGGGUUGGGGUCUGAAGAGGAUCUGGUGUCUACCCAGGGGGCUCUGGGAUCCCGAGCGCUGUCACAUGAAAGCAUCUUCGUAGCAGACCAGGGUUCUCCAGGACCAGAACCCCCCAGGGUUCUCUCCCAGGAAAACGUUCACAGCAGCAUCAAAGCUCUGCAGGAGAAACUCCAGCUGCAGAACAUGCGACUGGGCCCGCCCCCUCUGGUUGUGCCAAUCAAGCGUCAGGAGGAUCUGGGGGGCAGCUCAGAAGAUGACGGCCUUCCCCACAGCCCCUCUGAGACCUGCCAGGACGUUACAGCACCCCGGGGAGGCUCAUACAAGGCCUUUUCCAAUUCAUCAUCACGCCCUCUCUCCCCCAUAGCCAGACCCCCACCCACACGCUCCAUGCCCCUUCAUUCUGCCCCCCAGUCCGUGGUCUCCCCCAGUACUGAACCCUCCACAGUGGACUUCAGCAGCCCAGCGCAGUUCACCCCUUGCUUGGAUAACUCUGCUGCACGUCAUCGGAUGUCCAUCAAACCCAGGAACCAGAGGGCCAGUGCCAAGACCAGGAGGCUGAUCACGAAUGAGGCCAGACCACGGUCUGAGAGUUUUAACAAUUUUGAACGCCCCUUGUCUGAAAAAGAGGAAGAGGGAGGGCUGGCUGUUGCCAAGGAGAUCGGUCGUUUGCGAUCCUUCUCUACCCAAGUCUUUGGGGCUGGGUGUACAGAGUUGACGACCUCCACAGCCCCCCCAGGAUCACCUCUAAAGACCCCGGAGUUUACCCCCCUUCGAUCUGCACCUCUGGAGGUCACAAGGUCCUCCAGCCCCACCCUGCAUCUUUCCCACCGCGGCUCCCCACAGAAGCACACCCUCUCUGGGGUCUCCUCUCCUGGUCCUGUGACCCCCCAGCCACUUCAGAAACCUGUGGAGCCAAUGACAGGCAAACAGCCUCAGCCCUUAUUUGCUCAGGCUAAGCCAGAACUUCGAGAGAGGAAAGAAGGGACUGGAACCACGCCAUCUAGUCAGGCCUUGGCAGCUAACUCAGGGGAGCUCAAGGCCCCUGGUCCAUCUCCAGCCAGGAGGGACCAUGAGAGCUCUGAGAGUCCCAUCAACCCAAAGAACCUGACAGGGUCUGACAGGCCCUCCGCUAGCCUCUCGGCUGUUGAGGCUCUCAAGACCUCUCUGAGAAGAGGCUCACAGGAAGUGGCUAGCCCAGGAGAGGCUGGUAAUAGCGCCUCUCUGGUCUCCAUCAGCCAGGAGGAUCCGAAGCAGCCAGAGGCAGGGUUGACUGGAGGGUUGAGAAAAGUCGCUUCUGGGCCAGGCACUGGCUCCGGGUCCUUCAAGUUUUCCAUCAACUCCUCCAGGGUGGAACAAGAGAGGCCCAGGACUGGCAGUUUAUUGGGGCUGAUGGAGCUAUCUGGGACGGGGCUAAGGAAGGAGGACCGGGAGCGGGGAGCAGAAAUGAGAGUGAACCCCUCAAACAUGAGUGGGCAGGAGCAGCAAGCCGGGAAGCAGGAAAGACUCAAACUGAGAGAACAGCCUCCUGAUCCUCUACCUGAAAGUGGGGACAAAGCCACAGUGGGAACAGCUAGACAGGGGGAUCCCAAACCUGGCGUCCCUCCUCAAAACCCUGUUACGUCAUGCGACAGAAGGGAGAUUCUUAGAAAGGACCAAUCAGAAUCGUCGUCGCCUCCGGUCGCCAUGGAUACCGGGGUGAUGGAGGGGGAGGAGGUGGAGAGCCACGAGGGUGUGGAAGAGGCAAUGGAAGCUAAGGAAGAGGAUGUGGGGAAAGAGGAAGAGGCAAAAGCAGCGUUUGGCGUCAAACUUCGCUGCACCUCCCUGUCUCUCAAGUGCCGGUCAGAAGCAAGAGCUGCCGAGGGAACCGAACCCAAGGUCAAGUGGAACAGUGUUGAGGGGGGUGGGACGACCCUACUUCUUGCCACCUCCAACCCCGGCUCAAAGUCCCUGGUGGCAGACAAGACAAGUGACCAGGAGAACCUCUCCUCCAAGAAGCCCCUUACCAACACUUCCAAAACGGCUGCUGGCCCCCUCAAUGCCCGGACGGAGUCUUUUAGACAAGCAGAUCCUGGAGCUACAGCUAAUCCUCCGUCUCUCAAAGAUGUUCAUAUCGUGUCUUCAGCUGCAAGUCCCCCAGCAGAGGGUUGGAGCCAGGCCUCUGGCCCCAAGGAGGCCCAGGCCUCCCCAGACACCCCCCACCCCGAUCCCCAGGCAGCCACCCCCGAGGUGUCCUGGAUGAGCUUUGCCAUGGAGAAAACCAGGAAUUUUCAGCAGCUCUUUACUAGCAGGCUGCCCAGAGAGUUCCCUGGCAUGCAGCAGGCCGCUCCACAACCACAGGCCCAGACCCAGGCCCAGACCCAGGACCAAAGCCAGGCCCAAGCCCAGAACCAGGCCCAGCCACAGCGACAGCGACAAGGCCAGACACAGGUCUUUAGUCAAGCCAAGACACAGGCCUUGACACAAUCUCAGACACAGAAGGUGACCAAAGCACAGACAGUCACACCACAGACAGGAAAUGCAUCACAACCUCCCUCCACCAAACAGCUGCCAGCAGAGAUCAGAACAGCAGCUGAAUCACAGCCCACAAGUCAACAACAGACUGCCAAGCUACCCCAAACCCCCGGUAUAAUCCAAUCACAGACCCAGACACCAGGACAACCAAAGGCAGCAACACAAACCACAAAACAGCCAGACACUGCCAAACUACCACAGCCAGAGAGCAUGACCCAAACUGCAAAACAAACUGCACAACCAACCAUACCUCAAACGGUAGCCCAGUUUUCUCCACGUGUUUCUCAAACCCCCCAACAGCCCAGUCUACGGACCACCCAGCCCUUCCUGCGCUCCCUCCCACAGGCACGGGGAGAGAACACCACCCAGGCUACCCCAUGGUCUCCCCUCUCCUCCAGCCCCAAAUCCUCCCCCAGCCAACCCCCCUGGAACUCACGUGGUCUCCACUCCAGCCCCCAGCCCAAGGCCACAAUCCCAGCACAGGUCUCAACUACAGCCCCAGCCCCAACCCCAGUUUCAGCCCCAGUUCCAACUUUAGUUCCAACCUCAGCCUCAGCUCCAGCCCAAGUCCCAGCUUCAGUCCUAUCCCCAGCCCCAGUUUUGGGGAGGGGUGAGAGAUCCGGAAGCUUCCAGAGGAGAGGAGAUGGGACAACAGAGUCAGAAAAACAUGCAGUCAGAACAGGAACUUUAGGACAGAGAACUGCUGCCUUUCAAGAGAAAAGCUCUGACUCGACCCUGUCUGUUGGGGCUAAGGUACCUCCACCUUCCCUUUCACACCUCCAUCACAGUAAAAACCACCAGUGUCCCAUGGUGGUUCCAGCCCAGUCACUUCCCUCUUCCACUCCUCUCCCUGCAGGUGGAGCUCAGGAGAACAGCCCUGGAAUCAACCGCCGUAUCCAAGACUGUAUCUGGGCCCGAGACAAGCACAGAAUCAAGCCCCACCAGAGUCCCAGGGAGGCUAACAGACAGAGAAGACCAGUGUCUGCCAUCCUCGUCACCCCUGCAGAACAUCUCCAAUAGUGGGCAGCCAUCUUGGAUGGAGCUGGCUAAGAGGAAGUCUAUGGCCUGGAGUGACAAGACCAUGGACUAGGAGAGAGACAGAGAGAGAAAGAGAGAGAGAGAGUGAGAGAGAGGUAACAGUAAAGAAACAGAGAGGCGUUAUGACAAUGGAGAUUAUCGUGUGUGAAAUAUUGAGUUGGCUGAAAUGUACGGAACUUUGGAUCUUACUUGUCUGGGUUAGCAAUAUCAUAUUUAACCGUUGCUAUACAAUGUACCAUUUUUUACUCCUAACAUGCAAUAUGUGUGAGUGCAGGACGGGGAAUGGAAACCAAACUCCAGCGCUGUCUUUGUAUCAGUCUGUUUCUCAGGGUUAUGACCAUGUUCAGAUUUUGCCUGUUUUAUGUUGAAGUAAAUAUAUUGUAAUAAUAUUCUUAUGAUAUUUUUGAAGAAUAAUGAUAUAUAAAACAUAAAUUAUUAUGCAUAUUUAAGAUUUAUAUAAAUUGAUGUUGUACUUGAUUUACAGGGUUUUGAUGAUUUAUGGAAAAGUUCUUAUUUGCCUGGAAUUUCUUAUGAUAAUAAUGGUGUGUUUUGUGUCAUUAUUGCUGAACAAGUACCUGAGUAAUUUGACGGUUGACUGAAUUGUUGAAUAAGCAUCUUAUAAAAUAAAUGAGCUUAUUUGACUUCUAACUGCAACGUUAUGCUUUGUACGUUUAAUUAUUGGAAAAAGAUCACGUUACACUCGCUAUAGCUGUCAAUACAGUAAAGCUGAAAACUACUUUACUCUGGAUUCUUUCAUUGAAUAAUAUGUUGUUGUGUAUAGAGUCCUCCAUGAACGCUGUGCAGUAUGGAAGCAAAUCGUGACCAAAAUUCAAAUGAAAAUGCAUUUCCAGA